GUUUGUUGGUUUGUUAUUUGUUAAUGUUGUUGUCAUGUUUAUUUUCUUUAGAAUCAUAAUGUAAUAUUUUUGUCGUUAAUGUAACAUAAUUCUUGUUGGCUAAAAUUAUAAUAUAAAAUCGAUAUCGGAUAAUAUAUAAAUUCUUUCGAUAAUAAUCGACUAAGAAGUGAUAGAUGUACCUUAAUUGAUAGCCACCCAAAAAUGUGCUGAAUUUACAACAUGGAUGACAACUCUUUUAAAUGUUCCCUGUGCAGCUAUACAAGCAUGAAAAGUGUGCAAUUAAAAAGGCAUAUGUUAAAAACGCACACAGGAGAGAAAAAAAUUUAAUUGUUCCCUGUGCAACUAUGCAAGUAUAAGAAAAGGGAAUUUACAAACACAUAUGUUAACUCACGCAAGUGAAAAACCAUAUAAGUGUUCCCAAUGCAGCUAUGCAUGUGUUACAAAACGGCAGUUAGAAAAUCAUGUAUUUACUCACACAGAAGAGAAACCAUUUAAGUGUUCCCAAUGCAGCUAUACAAGUGUUACAAAACGGCAUUUUCAAAAUCAUGUAUUUACUCACACAGGUGAGAAACCAUUUAAGUGUUCCCAAUGUAGCUAUGCAAGUGUUACAAAACGGCAGUUACAAAGUCAUGUAUUUACUCACACAGAAGAGAAACCAUUUAAGUGUUCCCAAUGCAGCUAUGCAUGUGUUACAAAACAGCUGUUACAAAAACAUGUGUUUACUCACACAGAAGAGAAACCAUUUAAGUGUUCCCAAUGCAGCUAUGCAAGUGUUACAAAAUGGCAGUUAGAAAAUCAUGAAUUUACUCACACAGAAGAGAAACAAUUUAGGUGUUCGCUGUGCAUCUAUUCAUGUACUCUGAAGGAGCAUCUAAGAAGACAUAUGUUAACACACACAGAAGAGAAACCGUUUAAGUGUUUUCUGUGCACCUAUUCUUGUACUCAGAAGGUGUAUCUAAGAAAACAUAUGUUAACUCAUACAGGCGAGAAACCAUUUAAGUGUUCCUUGUGUGAUUAUGGAAGUAUUGUGAUAAGUAAUGUACGUAGGCAUAUGUUAACACACACAGGUGAGAAAUCAUUUAAGUGUUUCCUUUGCAUGUAUUCAUGCACUCAGAAGGGGCAUCUAAGAAGACAUAUGUUAACUCAUACAGAAGAGAAACCGUUCUAAGUGUUCCCUAUGCAUCUAUUCAUGCACUCAGAGGAUGUGUCUAAAAAGUCACAUGUUAACUCACCAUGUGAGUUAACAUUCAGUGCAUCUGUUAAUGUGCUCAUAAGGUGCAUCUAUAUACUCUUGUUAAGGACUGUACCUGUGCAGCUAUAAGUAUACUUCAAGUUUGGGCUUAAGAAGACAUUUGUUAACUCACACAGUUGAAAAACUAUUUGAAUCGUUUCUGUGCAGCCUUAAGUGUACUGAAUCAGAAUUAAAAGUGCAUACGUUAACUCAUAGGUGAGAAACCAUUUAAGUAUUCCCGGUGCAACUUCAAGUCCAUCAGGGUGAGUUAAGACACCUGUCAACUCACAGGUUAGAAACCAUUUAAGUGGUAGCUGUGCAGUUUUAAGUGUACCUUAAGUUCGUGUUUAAUUAGCCAUAUGUUAACUCACAUAGGUUAGAAAACAUGUUAAUGUUUUGUGUGCAACAGAAUUUACAAGCACUUUUAAUUAGAAUUUAAAAUAUAUUCUCAAACAAUUGAGAAACCA